AAGAAUCGGACAUUAUUACUCCGAGCAGAAGCCGCAGAAGGCAGUAACGGUCACAGCACAGCGUGGAGCAGUGUACAGGACUUUUAAAAGUAAGGUUAAAUGCCGUGUAGUGAGAAAAUAUGCGAAACAUUCAAUUGCAACAGAUAUUAUGAUACUUAAAUACAUUAAUAAAACAUAUAUAUUAUAUAACUAAACAGAUGUAUCAAGAUGUACAUUGAGGAUUUUUUACAUUUAUUGAGGUAAAAUUCACAACGGACAAAACUUCAUAGAACAGAAUGCAUUGGAUCAAAAUUUCGUGCAUCUUGUGCAUGUUUGGAUGCUUCAAGGAUUUCAGACCUUCUGAAUCAUUUGUGACCGAUUACUUGACUGGGCCAUGGAAGAAUUUUACAGCUGAUGAAGUGAAUCAACAAAUCUAUCCUGUGUCCACGUACAGUUAUCUGGCGACGUUGAUACUUGUCUUCUUAAUCACCGACUUUGUCAGAUAUAAGCCUAUCAUUGUAUUAUGCGGUGCCUCCGGCAUUGUUACGUUUCUCAUGAUAAUACUCGGACAGACUGUGAUAGUAUUCCAGAUAUUAGAAUUCUUUUACGGACUGUUUAUGUCCACGGAAGUAGCCUAUUAUACCUACAUAUACGCCAAAGUUGACAAGAAGCACUAUCAGGAGGUGACGGGACAUACUAAAGCGGCCGCGCUGUUUGGCCGUAGCAUGUCAGGCCUUGUAGCGCAGUUAACAGCUUCCUUCAACUUGCUGAACUAUCAUCAGCUCAAUUUUAUAACUCUUUCAGCCAAUACUUUUGCGACAAUCUGGGCGCUCUUUCUGCCUCCCGUAAAGCAAUCGAUAUACUUCCAUCGCGCCAGCGUGUCCGACGUGGAGCAAGAAAAAGGAACGCUCGAUUACCAGUUGCAGCAUUCGAGCGACCCGCGAGGAUCACCGUCGAGAAGCGACCGCGACGAAUCGAGACGUCGCAGAUACGCAGCGUCAGGCGCACCGUUGCUACGCAAAAUCAAGGACGCGUAUGCGUUACUGUGGAAACAUUUCGUGCAAGCUUAUACCAAUUAUCGCGUGGCCAAAUGGUCGAUCUGGUGGGCGCUGGCCACCUGCGGCUACCUGCAGGUCAUCAGCUACAUUCAGCUGCUGUGGCAGACCGCGGUCGAGCCGGGCGACAUGAUCUACAACGGCGCCGUGGAUUUCGUCUACGCAAUCGUGGGUGCAACGACUGUAUUUUGUGUAGGAAGGAUACAGUUAAACUGGUCCCUAUUAGGAGACGUGACACUAUCUGUUUUUUCGCUCCUAGAAGGUGGUAUACUAGUGGGAUGCUCUUACAGCUACAACAUUUGGCUCCUGUAUGCCGGCUACAUCAUAUUCGGCGUGAUUUACCACACCAUGGUCACUGUUGCAAGCUUCGAGGUCGCCAAGAGUAUAUCCGAGGAUAGCUACGGGCUUGUGUUCGGAAUUAACACAUUCGUCGCGUUAUUAGCGCAGAGUCUACUGACGUUCGUGGUUGUCAACACGCUCUUGCUAAAUAUCAGGGAGCAGUUUUUCAUCUACGGCAGCUACUUUCUGGUCCUGGCGGUGGUGUACAUUGCGAUGGGCACCAUUAAUGCCGUGCAGCAUUAUCGAAGCGGCGCGAGCUUCCACGUGUGGGUCGGUAAUAAAUGUCCAAUCGCGAGUGAUGCGCAUAGCAUUGAACCAUCCAAGUCCGAACACAACGGCAGUUAAUACAGACAUAUCGUAGUUCAACUUAUAGCUCAAAUAAUAUACGGGUGUUUGAUCAUCGAAUUAGUUUAUGCCACGACUAUCGUUUUUGUAAGACAGUUUUAUUGUUAUGUAGACCACUUUAUGUUAUUUUCACAAUGUAUCGUUCCUAAGAAUUUUAUACAUCGAGAUUUAUUGGUAUUGUACACACAGUAUACGAGCAGUAUUAAAUUGCUAGAGUGUUAGCUUGGAUUUUUCUAUAAAAAUCUAAGUACUUUGUAUUGAUGACAAAAUCUUUUUUUUUUUAAUUUUGUUUUGAUUACAAUAAUUUUGUGAACACGUUUGAAAAAAAGAUUUGAGACCUUUUUGAGAAGGGAAGUGUUUUAAAAUCAAAUAUUUUAAUAUUUCAAUGUCUAAUUUUAUUUGAAUUUUAAUUUGUCAGUCUAGUAUUAUGAUGGCGAAUAAUAGUUAAACUAGGGCUAAAUGGCCCAUACUGACUCAAAUAUUAUAAAUUCGAUCUUAAAUACUUUUUAUAAAUUAGAAGGUUAAUUUUAUAUUUAAUGAAAUGUUGUAACAAUAACAGACGACUUAUGUUUGGGCUCUACGGUUAAACAUGAUCAAAUUUCAAAAACUGAAGAUUUUUUAAGUUUUGUCCUUUUUUUGAUUAAUAGAGGACAAAAAAUUUAGAUGGCAAAAAUCGGAAUGUUAGUCCUGAAAUCAAUUGUAAAGAAAAAAAACAAGAAA